AUGCAGCUUCUUGAGAGUGGCCUCAAGGUGAAGGAGUAUGAGCUUCUGAGGAGGAACUUCAGUGAGACUGGUUGCUUUGGUUUUGGUAUUCAGGAGCACAUUGAUCUUGGCAUAAGGUACGACCCGUCUACUGGUAUUUAUGGUAUGAACUUUUAUGUCAUUCUGGAGUGGGCUGGUUACCGUGUUGCUCGGCGGCGCAGGUGCAAGUCCCGUGUUGGCAUCCAGCACAGGGUGACCAAAGAAGACGCCAUGAAGUGGUUCCAGGUGAAGUACGAGGGUGUCAUCCUCAACAAGGCCCAAGGAAACACCUUGUAA